AACCACGAAUAAGUGUGUUGUUUACGCCUACGACAAGUCCAAAAUGGCAGCCGGAGACAACAGUGGCAGGCCUCCUUGCCUUAAUUUCUCUGGUCCCGGGCCGUUGGGAAACAGUCAACCUAGCAACAGCGUAUUUUCAGUGCCAGCAUCCAACGGGGGAGCGAUUGGGUCCGUCGGUGGAGCGCAGGGGGCUGCCAGGCGCCCCAACCCGCAGCUGGGGCCUGGCGGCGGCGACAGCAACGGCAUCUCGACCGGAGCUCCACCGACUGCGCAGAGCUCUUUGCAGCAGCCCGCUGCGGUCGGCGCCGCCGCGGUUGCAGCCAUGUCCACCCCGGCGUCCAACAUGGUAACAAUAGCGGCUUCUAACGCGACCCAAGCGGCCGCUCCAACAUCAACUCCCGCGGCCGCUUCCGUGCUGGUGUACAGGGAACCCGUGUACAACUGGCAGGCGACAAAAAGCACCGUGAAGGAGAGGUUCGCGUUCCUUUUUAACAACGAGGUUCUCAGCGAUGUUCACUUUUUGGUGGGUAAAGGGAUGGGCGUCCAAAGAAUCCCUGCGCACAGGUUUGUUCUGGCUGUGGGGAGUGCAGUGUUUGAUGCAAUGUUUAACGGCGGGAUGGCAACGACUUCUACUGAAAUAGAGCUUCCAGAUGUGGAGCCAGCUGCGUUCCUGGCCCUGUUAAAGUUUCUGUACUCUGAUGAAGUCCAGAUCGGUCCGGAGACAGUCAUGACCACUUUAUACACAGCUAAGAAGUAUGCAGUGCCGGCACUGGAGGCUCACUGUGUGGAGUUUCUGAAGAAGAACCUGAGAGCAGACAAUGCUUUUAUGCUACUCACACAGGCACGACUGUUUGAUGAGCCACAACUUGCCAGUCUUUGUCUAGAAAACAUUGAUAAAAACACAGGGGAUGCGCUGGCUGCUGAGGGCUUUACUGACAUAGACUUAGAUACUCUUGUGGCGGUUUUAGAGAGAGAUACUCUCGGCGUGAGGGAGGUGCGUCUUUUUGGAGCUGCGGUUCGUUGGGCGGAGGCAGAAGCUCAUAGACAGCAGCUCCAGCCCACACCGGAAAACAAACGCAAGGUUCUUGGAAAAGCCCUAACACUUAUCCGCUUCCCUCUCAUGACCAUUGAGGAGUUUGCUGCAGGUCCAGCUCAGUCCAGUAUUCUUACCGAUAGAGAGGUCGUGAGCCUCUUCCUUCACUUUACAGUCAACCCUAAACCUCGAGUAGAUUUCAUUGAUCGGCCUCGCUGCUGCCUCCGCGGGAAGGAAUGUAGCAUCACACGAUUUGGACAAGUGGAGAGUCGCUGGGGCUACAGCGGCACAAGUGACCGCAUUCGGUUCUCUGUAAACAGAAGGAUAUUUGUUGUUGGUUUUGGACUGUAUGGGUCUAUACAUGGACCCACGGAUUACCAAGUUAAUAUCCAGAUCAUCCACACAGACAGCAACACGGUCCUGGGCCAGAACGAUACCGGCUUCAGCUGCGACGGCUCGGCCAACACCUUCCGAGUCAUGUUCAAGGAGCCAGUGGAGAUUCUACCCAACGUCAAUUACACUGCCUGUGCUACACUGAAGGGUCCAGACUCUCAUUACGGGACAAAGGGAAUGCGGAAGGUGACCCACGAGUCAUCCACGACCGGCACAAAGACCUGUUUCACCUUCUGCUACGCGGCAGGCAACAACAACGGCACCUCAGUAGAGGACGGACAGAUUCCCGAGGUCAUCUUCUACACAUAGUCACUGCCGAUGGUCUUCAUCCAGCGUGACAGCCUGACCCCACUUCAGGGUUGCACCUUAGCAGUCAAACUCUGGGCAAAUCUGUCAGACGUCGUACACUUUCCUCCUUAUAUGUCACUACUUCUCUGCGUAGCAUCAUUUGAUCUGUGUGUCGUAGUGAUAACUGGAAGCGGACAUUACAUAAAGAGAGGAAAGCGAGAGGCGGAGUCUGACACAUUUCUCUGCUGUGGAUGUCCACCAUGAAGCCGUUUGAUUCCACUGUUCCGUACACCACAGCAUUAGUUUCAAGGCCAAUGUAUGAAUGUAGUUUUCAUAGAAUUGCCAAGUAAAGAGCUCAGUAACUGUUCGGAGCAGCAAUUCGUUGUUUCCCACCAACUGUAACUUUCAUGUUCGCAAGUCUCAUAGCCAUCAUGAACCCUUCAAUAAUACACAUGAGCUUCAUAUUUAUCUUCUAAAUACAAAAAUCUACAUUCAGUACACUCUGUGAUAUUCUGUGUCUUUGCUUGGUAGUUGCCUAUACAAAAAAAACUUGCACUUCUGGGCCUUGCAUAUGUUUAUUUGUUUUCUGUAUGCACACUUACUCUUUUGGCUUUGGUUUUUGAGAGGGAGGGGCUUGCCUCACUCGUGUGGACAGUUGAAGGUUGUAUGUUUAAGUGGCAUUUAUUGACAUUAUAUAUGUGAGUUGAAUUAAUUAUUGAUUAAAGAGUGAGUAAAAUGUUGACUGUUUUU